AAGAACAAGGCAGAUUUAAGUACUUGCUACACUUAUGCCUCUGAUUCGUACUGAGAACUAAAUGCUUAGUCUAAACUUCUGGAUUACGCAGAAAAUUUUGGCUGAAAUCACACUAAUAGCGCGGGAAAUAACAAGGGUGUUUUUUUUUCUCGUUUCUUUCGUGGACAGCGUGAGACGACCGCUGUUGCACGGGCUUCGCUUGAUCAGAAAUAAGUUGAUGGUACAGUAGUAGCGUAAAAAAACAAGACAAGAUGCUGAUAAAGUAUAACACGCCGAUCCUCAUCUCCACCUCCGGUGGGAAGGGGGGAAAAAAGGAGGUGCCGACCAUGUCACAGACAGAGGACAUUCUCAAUUCGAUCCUGCCACCAAGAGAAUGGAUUCAAGAUGACCAACUUUGGGUACAUAGUUAGAUUACUUACUAUGUAGGGUAAUGAUGAGUCGCAGCUGUUUGUUUGUCAUUCAGUACCCUAUUGCGGCGCAUUCGUUCUGUUAUAUGGACAAUUACAGUGAUGCGAGAGGCGUGCGAGAAAGGGAAAGCAAAGCAGAAGUACUUGCAGGGACGACGACACAAUGGUUGAAAAUACAGAAAAAUCUCAUUUCUUCAGGUACAAUACGUAGCGUCAAUUCCGGCUACGCGAGCAGACGUGGUGAACCUGCAGAAGAACCUCGACAAGGCACUGCAGAGCCGACAGGCAAGGGAAACAGGGAUCUGCCCCAUCCGAGAGGAGCUCUACGCACAGACAUUCGACGAACUCAUCCGACAAUGCACCAUCAUCUGUGCCGAGCGAGGUAAAUAGUUACGGGAUUUUCUGACACUCAAUGUGUUGAAAAUUGAUCAUUGCAGUGUCUGGUGGCAGAAUCUUCGAUCACUGUAGAAGUGUUUGUUGUGUUGUAGGGUCAGCAUCACCGGUCGCCGGUGUGAAAAUCGAUGAGCAUGAUUUGUAUGCCACACACCUUUGUCCUAAAUCGACCAGGUCUGCUCCUUCUGCGAGUGCGGGACGAGAUUAGAAUGACGAUCUGCGCGUACCAAACCCUCUACGAGUCGUCCAUUGCGUUCGGCAUGCGAAAGGCGCUGAUGGCCGAGCAGAGGAGGAACAGCCAGAACAAAAAGCUGAAGGCCUUGACCAACAGUUGUGCAGAGUUGGAGCAGGACGUAUUUGAUAGUUUUUUUGCAGCGCAUCAUGUUCCUGAUCAUCAUUCAAGUUCUAGACGUGUUGAUGGUCGUCCUCCUUCUCGUGUACUAUACAAAGGCAUGAUGAUAAGCAGGUUUAGGAUGGAUCGAAAAACAAAAAACAAUGAUCUGUAAAAUGUAUCAAUUUCAGGUGGUCGAUUUGAAGCAGCAGAUUCUGAACAUUGAAUCCAGAGAGAAGACGCGGCGGGAAACCGAGUCGGCCAAGCACGCAGAGGAGACGGAUGGUCUGCGCCGGCAGAAUGCCGCCUGGAAGGAGCAGCUGGAGUCGCUGCUGAGUGCACCGAGGAAGUGA